ACUUACAACCGAACUCGACCGAUGCGACCAAUGACCAUCAACUGCUGUUCGCCGCUGGCGACGCCACUGCCGUCCCUUCCACUCGUUACCACAUCUGCUGCUGAAAGGUCCGAUCGCCAUUAUUAUUAUUGGUAGCAUAUCGGUGGUGGUACAUGCUGCAGCAGUACUCCAGUGACGAUCGGUUCGAUCGAACAGUGCGACGAUCUUCCGGUACCUGCAACCCCCGGUCAACGGUCUGUACGGCGAAGUGAACAACAUAACUAUAUAAUAUUAUAUUAUACACAGACACCGUACACGAUUCCGUCUCUGCUCAAGCCGCAGAUCACAUAGGCGUAACGACCACUCACGUCACAUCUUAAGAAUUCGAACGACGAAAGCAAUAAUGAGCGUGCCGAUGGAAUUGGACGAUUCCGCGACGGAGGCGGUCCCGCUGGACUUGACCGUGAAGAAAGAGAACGGAUGCGCUGCUUCGGCAACGGUGGCGGAACGCGACGGAUCAACGGAACUGACGGAAGACGUGCCGACCUCACCGCAGCCGCCGUCGGACGCCCAGAACGGCGGGGGAAAAUCGACGCCGCUGGACCUGAGCGCCGGAAAAGCGCUGUUGUCCCAACCACCGCCGUCCACGAACGUCGCCCCCCAACGCGCCACCGUUGUGGUGCUGUCGCCGAAAGCGGUAGCACCGCCACCGCCGCCGCAGUCUCCGCCGCCGAAGCCGCAAUGCAAAGGCUACUGGACACCGGACUCGUCGGUGCCCGAACACUUGGCACCGCUGCACGGGAUAUACGCCGACGCCGCCGCUUAUCGGCACAUGAUCUCGUCCGCGGCCGUCCCCGAGUACAACCCGUUCCUGCCCGUGCUCCCGCCGUCCGCCGCCGCUCAGUUCCACCAUCACAAUCACUUCCAACACCAGCAGCAUCUCCACAUCCAGCAACAGCAACAGCUGCACCUCCAACAGCAGCUCCAACUGCAGCUGCAGAUGCAGCAACAGCAGCAACACCACCAGGAACAGCAGCUCCAGAAGCAAAAACUUCAGCUGCAUGCCGCGUACGGCGGUCUGCCCAUAGACCCGGCGUUGUUGUUGUCCGGCAGCCCAGUGUAUGCGGCCACCUCGUCACCAUCCUCGUCCGAGUCCAACCACUUCCCGUUCGGCGGAUUUGACUGCGGUUUUUCCAAGCCGCCCUACGGCUUUGGAUACCCUUACUACGAAAGGAUGCUCGACGGAAGAGUGAUCGGCGGAGGCAUGGACAUCAGCGCCAACCGGUCCGAUUGUCCGUCGCCCGAAUCGACGACGACUUGCACGACGACUACUGACGACCAUCACCACUUCAACAACCUUCACCAUCAACAAAAACAGCAGCAGCAGCAGCGAGAUCUGGACCGAGAUCAUCGCCACCGCAUCAAAGCGUGCGACAUGGACGACCUGGACGUCGUGGACCCUGAGGAGGUGGCAGCCAUAUAUAGACAGUCGGACUUCCUGUCGUUCCGGCACCGGUAUAUGGAGAGCUUGGGGCCGCCGAGGAACUUUGAAAAAAUGAGGCGGUCUAAUAACAAUAAUAACAACAACGACGAUCACCGGUUGUCGUCCGGGCAGCAGCAGUAUGACCAGUCGUACGUCAUGAAACGGCAGAAGAACAACGAGGCGGCCAAGCGAUCGCGGGACGCCAAGCGGCAAAAGUACAUCGAGAACCAGAUCAGCGUCAUGUACCUUACCAAGAAGGUGAGUGAGAUGAAGGACAUUAAGAGACGGUUGCUCAAGUCUAUGUGAUGCUCGCCGAGUAGGUAUAUAUACUACUAUUGAUGUGUAUACUUAUAAUAUUAUUAUAAGUAUAAGUUAGUGUACCAUAAUAAUA